AUGGAAGAUUUCCUUCCACUUCGAUAUCUUUUCGCUUCUACUGACCAUUCGUCUCCCGAUUCGAUGGUCCUUUCCAUGCCAGAUGUUCCCAUGCUACCACGCCCCAAGAAAAGCCGCCGAGGAAAAUAUGACCCGGAGCGUGACUACUCUGCAGAAUUGCGACGACGAUUCCAUGAAAACCCCGGGGGGAAGCGCACCUCACGAGCUUGUGAUAGAUGCAAGUGUCGAAAGCUUCCCUGCGACGGGAACCCAGAAAGCUGCAACAACUGCGUCCGACAGGGCACAGAGUGCAACAUGACCGAUACGAGCACCGGUCAAACCCAUCCUCGAAACAUCAUCAGGCAACUGACUCGGGAUAUCGGAAAACUCCAGCGUCAGUUGCAAGAAAAGGAUCACCAGAUCCAUACCCUGAAUCAACAGAUCCAGAAUUUGUUGUAUUAUCACCAAUCCCCAGGAGCACAACUCGAGAAUCCGAGCGAGUACCAACCUUCUCAGGACAGUGGGAUUAUGCGUUUGGUGAGUACUCCUUCCCAGAAUUUGGACCUGGCGCCACAAACUGGAGCAUUCCAUACGCACGCGGUGGGACACACUGAUAUCUUCUUGCCUUUCUAUGAAACUUCAUUUAUGAAUCAUGUUGGCUGA